AUGCGAGAUGUCCAACAUCAUGUUGACUUGGUUCCUGGGGCAAGUUUGCCGAAUCAGCUGCACUAUAGGAUGAGGCCCAAUGAACACAAUAUCUUACAAGGAAAAGUGGAAGACCUGCUUCGCAAGGGGCUGAUACGAGAGAGCAUGAGCCAUUACGCAGUGCUCGCAUUGAUCACGCCAAAGAAAUAUGGGAGUUGGCGGAUGUGUGUAGACAACCACGCCAUCAACAAAAUAACGGGUCCAAUAUUUUCUCAAAAAUUGAUUUACGAAGUGGGUAUCAUCAAAUACACAUUCGGCCGGGCAAUGAGUGGAAAACGGCUUUCAAAACCAAAGAAGGCUUGUAUGAGUAGCUGCAAGUUGUUGUUUAUGGGCUUUGUGGUGAGUGCCGAAGGAAUACACGUAGAUGAAGAGAAGUUCCUUGGCAGCCCCCAUUGCAGAAUGUAUGAAGAAUUAAAUGAGGCCAGGCGCAAGUGGACCACCUAUGUGCUAGAAUUCUACACAGUUAUAAGGUCUUUGAAGCACUGGGAGCACUACCUGAUUCAGCAUGAAUUCAUUCUCUACAGCGACCACCACACAUUGAAGUUCAUCAAUACCCAGAACAGCUUGAACCCCGACGCUCUCAGUCGACGUGCAUCCGCACUCAUAACCAUGAAGACCGAGAUCACUGGUUUUGAGCAACUCAAAGAAAUGGAUCCUGAAGAUGAAGACUUUGCUGAAAUUUGGAAGCAAUGCACGUUGGGGCACCCACAAGCAGACUUUCAUAUACAAGAGGGAUACCUCUUUCGUGGGAAUCAACUUUGCCUUCCUUAG